AGUUCCCUUAUUUACAAAAAUAUUUCGCCUCAAGGAUCAUCUUUCUACACUGCCUCAGCCCGGGAGCCUCAGAAGUGCCUACCAGGCCAGCUCUCCUGCAGCAGCUCCCUCCACAGAAGAAUGAAGGUCUCUACGGCUGCCGUCUCCUGCGUCCUCGUCAUCAUCAUCACCAUCCCCCAAGGGUCCACAAGUGAACCUAACCCACGAGGACCUCACCACACCACAAAGUGCUGCUUCACCUACGUUAACCACACAAUCCCGCGUCAACGGAUUACAGAUUAUUAUGAGACCAGCAGCCAGUGCUCCAAGCCUGGAGUUGUCUUCAUCACCAAAAAGGGCUACUCCAUCUGUGCCAACCCCAGUGAAGCCUGGGUCCAAGACUACAUCAAGGAGCUGCAGGAGCUCUGAGGGACCCAGACAUACUGGACAAGAGCACAACUCAGAAUCUUAAAGAGAAGAGGCCAAGCCACCCUCCCACCCCCCACAACUCUCAGCCCCAGCUACCUCUUGGAAGCUGCCCUGCCUUGAAUUAAAGACCAGUCAUGCCCCCCUGCCCUCAUUCAUUUCUACUGAAUUUACCCAUUGGCGGUAAACUGAGACACUGGUGAGCCCAACCCAGGGUGGCGCCCUCAGCAUCAAGCCUCGCUCUGCAGAAGUUUGGCCAGAAGCUGGUGCAAAAAAUGGGUCAGGCCUGCAAUGUGGGUAGUGGGAAGCUGAGCAGAAUAUGAUAAAGACACUCAGGGAAAAGGCCACCUUUGCACAAUAAACAACUGCAAUAAUAACAGA